AUGAAUGACAGGUUAUUAAAGAAUUUCUCUAUAGCAGAAGUUGAGGAGGCUUUGAGACAAAUGGUUCCUUUGAAGUCCCUUGGUCCUGAUGGCUUUGGUGCUUGCUUCUACCAAAGUCAUUGGAAUCAAGUAGCAGAUGAGGUGUGUGUUGCUGUGCUAUCUACUCUCAAUGGUAACUCUUGGCUUCCUAAGUUGAAUUACACGUUUAUUGCCCUUAUUCCUAAGCUGAAAGAGCCUAAACAUACCAGAAAGAGAGGUAAAGAAGGGAGUGUGGCAGUAGAAUUGGACAUGUCUAAAGCCUAUGAUCAUAUUGAAUGGCUAUUCUUGGAGGCUGUUAUGAAGAAACUUGGCUUUUGUGAGAAAUUGAUUGCUUUGAUAAUGAGUGGGGUAAGUACCAGAAGGAAGGGGGAAUUCAGUGGAGGAAGUGAGAAAGGAUGGCUGUCUCCUAACUCUCUGGCCUCAGCUGUCUAUAGAGAGAAGUAUUCCAAACAAUCCAGCUUAUUGGAAGGAAAAUUGGGCUCUAAACCUUCUCUGAUAUGGAAAAGCAUUUGUAAUGCUCGUGAUUUGAUUAAGGAGGGAAUGGGGUGGAGGGUUGGUGAUGGCAAGAAGAUUCUAAUAUGGGGUCAUAAGUGGUUGAAUACACCUACUUCUUUUUCAGUUCAGUCACUAGUAUCAGUACUGAGGGCAGAUACAACAGUUGAUGAGUUAACGGGAGAAAACAAGGGAGAGCGAAAUGAAGAAAGGAUUCAAGCUAUUUUUCAUGAUGAAGAGAUGGAUAAAAUAAGAAGGAGUAGAGGGAAAUCUUUAAUGGAGAAACAGGUUGAUCAUAUAUGGAAGAAAAUAUGGGAGCUUGAAGUGCCAAACAUGGUGAAGGCAUUCUUGUGGAAGGCAGCUAAUGAAUUACUAGCUACAAAGAAAAAACUGUACCAAAAAAAGAUAGUGAAGGAUCCCAUCUGUCCUAUAUGUCAUAGAGAAGAGGAGUUAGUGAUGCAUAAAUGGCGAAGGGCUGAAGGGGACUUUAUGGCAUUAUGGGAAAAAUUGAUGGAUGGUUUUGACAGAGAAAAACUAGAAGUUGUAGCUAUACAGAUGAGGAACGUUUGGCUAAGAAGAAAUACAUUCGUGUUUGAGAACAGACUCUCAUGUCCAAAAAGACUGCUCUUAUCAGCUAUAGAGGUACUGGAGGAAUAUAAACAAGCAAACAGAAGGAAAAAUGCAGAUAUCAAAAGGGGGAAAAUGGGAAUGGGGGUGAUCAUGAGAGAUGUUAAUGGAGAGGCAUUGCUUGCAGCAUGUGACAAAAAGUUUAAUGUUCAAUUAGCAGAAGUGGCAGAAUGCUAUGCUCUUUGGAAGGCUUUGAAGGUGUGCAGUGAUCUGAAUGUGCAGAAAGUAAUAUUUGAAGGAAAUGCUAAAGGAGUUAUAGCAGCUGUGCAGAGUGAAGAAGAAAAUUUGUCUAUCAUAGGUCCCUUAGUUGAUGACAUUAGGGAUGUUUUGAGUGAUAGGAAAGAGUGGAGUUUACAAUUUGAUUAUAGAGAAAUGAACAAAGUUGCACAUAAUUUGGGCAAAAUUUGCUUUAAGUUUAGAUGA